CCCCCCAAUAAAUUGUUCCUAAUCAUAUAAAAGCGCAUGAACCCUAAUUUCAAAAUUAAAAUUGUAACCGCUAAAUCAAAAUUUUCGCAAAAUCAACCAUCCCCCUUUCACCUCGACGUUUCAAGUCGAUUGCUAUUCGUCGGUUCAUCAUCUAAUUCAUUACUUCAUCCUUUUUUAAUCUUUGCUUUCUUUCUACUUACUCCCUUUCACUUUCCCCUGUUUUGGGAAUUCAUGUUAUGCGAACUCUAUUUUUAAGUUAUGAUGUCUGGAAGAUAAAGUUAGUUAUUUCUUUUGGGGUUGUGGUUGAUUGAAUAUGGAUACCCCGGUUUCGAAUGGUUUGAAUCCGAAACGGUCAUCAAGGAGGAAGGUAGUUACAAAAAACUAUAAUGAAAAUUUGAUGGAUGAGUUCAUAGAGAAGCAUAUAGGUGGUCCUUUGAAGAAGAGGAAUCGAACCAAGUUUGAUUUGGAGAAAGAAACCGAAAAGGAGGCGUUGAUAGCUUUGUCGCUCGGUUUCCCCAUUGAUGCAUUGCUUGAUGAGGAGAUUAGGGCCGAUGUUAUCCGGGAGUUAGGUGGAAAAGAACAAAAUGACUACAUUGUUAUAAGGAAUCAUAUCCUUUCGAGAUGGAGGAGCAAUGUUCGAGUGUGGCUGUCUAAGGGGCAGAUAAGGGAAACUGUUAGUAGUGAGUGUGAGCAUUUGAUAUCUGCUGCUUAUGAUUUUCUCUUGUACAAUGGGUAUAUUAAUUUUGGCGUUUCUUCGCCUUUCUCAUCUCAUAUUCCAGAGGAGGCCUCUGAGGGAUCAGUUGUGAUAAUUGGCGCAGGACUUGCAGGUUUAGCUGCUGCAAGGCAGUUGUUGUCGUUUGGUUUUAAGGUCAUUGUUCUUGAAGGAAGGAACCGCCCUGGGGGAAGAGUGUAUACACAGAAGAUGGGUAAAAAUGGUCAAUUUGCUGCUGUUGAGUUAGGUGGAAGUGUUAUAACUGGUAUUCAUGCAAACCCUUUGGGGGUUUUGGCUAGGCAGUUAUCAAUUCCUUUGCAUAAGGUGAGAGACAAAUGUCCAUUGUACAUGCCAGAUGGGACUCCAGUUGAUCAGGAGAUGGAUUCAAGAGUUGAAUUCACUUUUAAUCGGUUAUUGGAUAAAGUAACUGAGCUAAGAAAAAUAAUGGGUGGGUUUGUAAAUGAUAUUUCUCUGGGCUCUGUUUUGGAUACUGUUUGUGAGCUAUAUUCAGUAGCCAAGAGUAAUGAUGAACGUCGACUUCUAGAUUGGCACUAUGCGAACUUGGAAUACGCAAAUGCAGGAUGUUUAUCUGAGCUUUCUGCUGUUUAUUGGGAUCAGGAUGAUCCCUAUGAGAUGGGUGGUGAUCAUUGUUUCCUUGUCGGUGGGAAUUGGAGGCUGAUCAAAUCCUUGUGUGAAGGAGUUCCUAUAUUAUAUGGAAAGACUGUUCACACUAUCAGAUAUGGAGAUGAUGGUGUUGAGGUGAUAGCUGGAAAUCAAGUGUUUCAAGCAGAUAUUGCCCUGUGUACAGUGCCACUUGGGGUGCUAAAGCAAAAAAGAAUAAAAUUUGAACCUGAGUUACCUAAAAGCAAGCUUGAGGCUAUUAACCGGCUAGGUUUUGGGUUGCUUAACAAAGUUGCAAUGGUUUUUCCCCAUGUAUUUUGGGGUGAUGAUCUAGACACAUUUGGAUGUCUUAGAAAUCAUACCCAUGAUAGAGGGGAGUUUUUUCUAUUCUAUAGUUACCAUACUGUGUCUGGUGGUGCAGUAUUGGUUGCCUUGGUCGCAGGAGAAGCUGCCCAGGAUUUCGAAGGCACGGAGCCAUCCAUUUUGCUGCAUCGAGUUCUGAAUGUGCUCAGAGGUAUAUAUAAUCCAAAAGGUAUUCAUGUGCCAGAUCCCAUUCAGUCAGCUUGCACAAGAUGGGGCAGUGAUCCUCUUUCUUAUGGUUCAUAUUCUCAUGUUCGAGUAGGCUCAAUUGGAAUCGACUAUGACAUCCUAUCUGAAAGUGUAGAAAACCGAUUGUUCUUUGCUGGUGAAGCAACAAGUAGGAAGUAUCCAGCCACAAUGCAUGGUGCAUUUUUAAGUGGCCUAAGAGAAGCUGGUCGAAUUUUUCGAGGCACAAGGAUUCUACAGAUGUAUGGGAAAAAAUGUGGAACGAAAAACCUUGGACUAAGCUUCGAUACCCUUCUCGAUCUUUUUAGGAGGCCUGACUUAGAAGUUGGAAACUUUUUGUUUAUACUUGAUCCUGUGGCUGAAAAUGGGAGCUCAUUAGGACUCUUAAGAGUUUCCUUCGCGGACUUCAGCUGUAAAUUCUGUAGUGAAUGCUGUUGGUUGGCUGAACUAGGGACGAAAUGUGCAAAGCACAGUAGCCUUCCUUUACUUCUUUAUGCAGUAGUAUCUCGCGAACAAGUGGAACAGCUCCAACGAGUAAACGGAGGAGACCAAGAUCGGUUGUUGUAUCUGUUCAACAAUCUUGGACUGAAGCUGAUGGGACCCACAGCUUUGGGUGCAAUCGGAAACUCUGUGAUCACUGGCAUUUCAAGUGCACGGAGAGGUAGGGGCAGGUAUCGUUUGGCUAUCGGACCUCAAGGUAUCGUGUAAAUGUGCUUCUGGUCGACAUUGACUAGUUUCAGUAGUGUUGUGUAGUAGGGGCUGAGUAGAUGUUCCAAUGCUGAAGUCGUAGAGCUGCCGCAGUGUUUUUUUUUUUUUCGGUUGGUGCUGCUUCAGGCUAGUAAGAGCAACUAACAUGAUGAUGGUGCAAGCCCAAUUCAAUUUGGUAGGAGUAUUCUUUGUAAUUUGUCAGGAAAUAGGUUUAUACAGUGUAGUCUCGACUCUCGAUUUAGCCAUCGAUUCUCAAUUCAGCCAUGUUAGCGGGGUGGUUGGCGCUUUCGAACUUGUGUUUUCACAUCCACAAUUUUGUUGUAUUAUUGGGUUCUAGGUUACUUACAUGUAAAUUGUGUACUUUAGACAUUUUUUUGGCUUGAAAAAAAGUUUCUGAUCUUCCUCCCUCCCUUACUCCU